UUUUUAUAAACUUAUGCAAGCUAUGCAAUUUUGUGUUUGUUGUGUGUAAAAAAACUGCAUCUUUAUGCGUUUUCUUUGAAAGUUUAUAUGGAAUUUAUAUUCGAUUAAAAUCUUUCAAGUAAUUCAAUAUUUAUUAUAGACCGGAAACGAAAUAUUGAGGAGUUUUACGAAAUAUUAUGAGGAAUAUACCUUUUUAAAGCUUGUCUGGAAUUUGUUUACCUUUGUUGUUGUAUCGCGUUGUAAAUAGAAACAUUUACAUUUUAUUAAUCAGAAUUAAAAGUAAGCGUUAAGAUGCCGAUUAGAAGACACUGUGAUCCCAUAAAUAUAAAAAGAAUAUGGGAUGCAAUAAGAUAUUUGGGUGUACAGCAUUUGUCUUGUGAUAUAAGUAGAAUAACGAAGUAUUUCCAGAAAAUAGAGGACUGUACACAGGCUCAAGUAGAGCAGUAUCUCCAGCAAGCCCUUCAAGACGGCAUGAUAUCAGCAAGAAACACCAUGGACCUGGCUAUUUCCACAUACAAAAUCAUUGAUCAACAACUGCCAGAAUUUGACGGUAAAGAUUGGUACUGCUUCGAAUGUCACUUGGCAGGCGAUGUAAUUUCUUGUAAUGAGUGCUUUAGAGUGUUUCACAAAGAUUGUAUUAAGACUGCAAAGAAAAAGUUUGAAAUUCAAAAGUCCAGUUAUCAAAAGCAGAUAGGAAGUUCUGAGCUAAACAGUUCUAUUAAAAAUAAUGGUCAGCCUCUAGAAGUAGAGUGUGAUGUUGAUUUGACUUCAUCAUCUGACAGUUCAGAUGAAUACAUUAAUAACUAUGUGUAUAAUGAAAAUUUAUGCAGCAUCUGUAACAUAAUCAACAUUGAUCAGUGUGAUUUAGAAAAAGCUGAAGUUAAUUAUUUGUUACGAUUUGUUUUGCAUCGGGUCAGGGCUUGGUUGCCAGAUACCAUAACCCAUACAAUGGCCGAAGAGGAUAGACCAGCAUUUUUGACAGACACAGAACUGACCUGGAGAGCUAACCAGUUAUUUUUUGAACAUCGUGAUAUGUCUGUGAUUGAAGUGAACUUAAACACAAACUCUUACAGUGUAAUGUCGGAAUUUUUGGCUGAUAUUUUAACUGUUCAACAUAAUGUUGCUAUAUUUCAUGGGAUGGAGUCUCAGGAAUAUCAGGCUGCCGAGUACGUUGUAAGAGAUACAUUACAUGACAUAUCAGAGCUUAAGAAUUGUUCGGACUGUUACAGGCACAGUAACGAGAAAAUAAAUCUAAAAUGGUUUACUUUGCCUUGUAGGAGGUCUCAUAAGCUGGUUUGGGCCAAACAAAAGGGGUAUCCUUAUUGGCCGGCUAAAGUUAUUAGAGAAAGUCCGACCCACUGUGACGUCAGAUUUUUUGGCGGUAAACACGAGAGAUCGUUGAUCCCCAAAUCCUCAGUAAAACCCAUCGAGACGACCAAAGAAGCCCUAAAGGUUAAGCAGUCGUCUGCGUUCAUGAAAUCGUACGAAGAACUGAAAUACCAUCAGAAACUGCUGUCCGACCCGAAAGAACUGGAAAAAGUCAGGUCGGACGUUAAAGGAAAGAAAUCCUUAAGACCCAAGAAUUUAACGCCGUUAGAUAAUAGUUUUUCGAGCGGUGGUUCUCUUAAUCUGUCAUUUAAUUCGGAAAAUUCGGCAAUUGCUAGUCCUGCGCAAAAGAGAAACAAGCGCCUAAGCGAUAUGUCAAAUGGUAGACCGGAAGCGAAGAAAUCGAGGACGGACUCUGUCCAGGAUGUUGCGGACAGCGUGAUCAAUAUUUCGGACUGUGAAGAAGAAGAACCGGACUAUUCUUUUAGGUCGAAUGUAUCACAAAAUGGUUCUAGAUUCGACGACCAUCAGCAAGUCAGUAGUUCGACAGAAAAUUGCACUGUUUCGAGUCACGAUGCGGAAAUGCAACAAUUGGACCAACCUUACAGCGAUUCUGUCGAAAAAAUGAGGAGGAGACUAGAAACUCUGGCAGACAGAAACGUCGUAAUCAGGUGUGCCAUGAACUGUAUGCAGCAAGAGAUCGACAGGAUCACUAACGAUCACAACGAUCACUUGAAGCGACUGUUCGAGUCACACAACGCCCAGAUAUCAGAGACCAAGAAGAAACAAUGGUGUUACAACUGUGAGCAAGAUGCUAUAUACCACUGCUGUUGGAACACAGCAUACUGUUCACAAACGUGUCAACAGCAACACUGGCAAGCAGAACACAAAAAAGUGUGCAGACGCAAGCGGCAAAAUUAAGAAAAAAAUAAAAUUUAUUUUAAGGUUAUACAGGGUGUUCAACCAUAUUUUAGCUAGUAGCCUAUCUCUGUAUAUAUUUGGUUACAGACAAGUUUAAACUGUGAAAGUUUUAGAACUUUGUCUAAAAUCAGAAUUGUCAAAUUUUGACAGUUCUGUUGGUUUUGGAACUGUCAUGCAUCAGAUCUGUCAAAUUUUGACACUUCUGAUGGAUAACAGUUCUAAAUUUUGACACAAGUUGCAAUGUUUUUGUUAAAAAAAAAAUAAAAUUUCCAGUAAUUUUAACUUUUUCUAUAACAGAGAUAUCUCUUGGCUAAAAUAUACUUGUGAACGCCCUGUACAUUAUUCCCACUGUAGAUUUAGUUUGUUAAGUUUACAGAAAACUUGCAUCCUCUAAAAAA